UAACAAGUGUGUCUCCAUACCUGUUAAAACUGGUUCAGGCCUGAUAAUAUAUUUAACUGCACACCUGACUUUUGUGUUGAACAUUUGUACUGGAUGUAUUAUUGUUUGUGGAGUAACUGAAGUACAUUGUGCAUGGAGACUAUUUUUUCCUGAUUAAAACAGGAGAGAAGCAGACAGCCUUUUGGUUUAGCAAUUCUUUAGUUGCUAAACAGAAGAGAUGGCUAAUUUCAAAUCUCAGUUGCUAUGGGACAACAUAGAGAAGGGAGAUCUGUCUGCAGUGCACGGACUCUUGGAAGGAGAAAAUAUAAACCUUGAAGAAAGAGAUGAGAAUGGACAAACGUUUCUCAUGCUGGCCAGUGAGAAAGGUGAACUCCAUAUUGUCCGAGAACUGCUUGAUGCUGAAGUGGACGUUAAUGCUGUGGAUAAUGAUAACUGGAGUGCACUGCUUUGUGCGGCUAAAGAGGGACAUUUGGAGAUUGUUAUUGUACUUCUGGAAAAGUAUGCAAUCAUAGAGCAUAGAGAUAUGAAUGGAUGGACUGCUCUAAUGUGGGCAUGCUACAAGGGACAUUCUAUGGUGGUGCAAGAACUGCUCGAUAUUGAUGCUAACCUAAAUGUAAAGGCUGAGCACAACAUGACAUGCUUGGCUUGGGCAGCCGGACGAGGUUAUCUGGAAAUAGUUAAGAUGCUCAUCAAGAAGGGAGCCAAGAUCAAUUCCAGUGACAAGUAUGGGACAACUCCAUUGAUCUGGGCAGCUCGUAAAGGUUAUCAGGAAAUUGUUGAACUUCUUCUUGCUGAGGGUGCCAAUGUUGAUUCAUCUGGAAUGAACUCAUGGACUCCAUUACUGGUAGCAACAAGUGGACGCUUUGUUGAUGUGGUUCGUGCUCUUCUAGAAUACGACCCAAACAUCAAUGCUACAGACAGGGAUGGACUUACUGUGUUGGCAAUGGCUGCCAAGGAAGGUUGUCCAGAGAUUGUGCACAGCCUUGUUGCAAAAGGAGCUUAUGUCAAUGUUACAGACAGGGCAGGAGACACAAUCCUCAUCCACGCUGUAAAGGGUGGACAUACAGAGAUUGUUAAAGUUCUACUCAACAAAUAUGUAGAUGUUGACGUUGCGGGAUCAGAAGGUAAGACUGCUUUAUACUGGUCAGUGGAGAAGGGUUAUACUGAGAUAACCAGAUUACUGCUAGAUAGUGACCCUGACCUUGAACUCAGCACAAAGGAUGGUGUUACCCCUCUCUUACGAGCCGUGAGGAGUCGAAAUGAAGAAUGUGUCAAACUUCUUCUUGACAAGGGUUCGAGGGUGUCAGCCUGUGAUAAGACUGGUGAUACUGCACUGCAUAUAGCUAUUCGAGCACGUAACAAAAAGAUCACUGAGUUACUGCUUCGUAACCCAAAGAAUGGCCGCCUGCUGUACCGAGCUAACAAGAGUGGUGAAACGCCUUACAUGAUGGAUAACUAUCAUCCCCGUGGAGUGCUCGCUCAGAUAUUUGGACAUAGAAGCCUGAACUCGAGUGAUGCCGAGAACCUGUUGGGUUAUGAGAUCUACAGCUGUGCUCUGGCCGACAUCCUCAGUGAUCCGUCACUGGUUACCCCCAUCACGGUGGGGCUGUAUGCCAAGUGGGGCAGUGGCAAGUCCUUCUUACUGGGAAGACUUACAGAUGAGAUGAAAUCAUUUACGAUGCAGAAUGUUCAAGAACCGUUCACGUUUACGUGGGUUUUGUUCGUCUUUCUCCUAAUCAUCAACGUCAUCAUUGGUGAGGUGUUGGGGCUCACGGUGCGAUUUGAAGUGGGACUUGGUGUCGGAUUAGGUCUCUUUGUCCCUGAAUAUGCUUUUCUAGGAGUGCUUUUGUUUUGUGCACAGCGGUAUGAAAUCAACUGGAUAGUUCAGCUGAGUCGAGCUCUGGGCCGGAAACUGCAGAUUUUAACACUAUUACUGCAGACGCUGUUCUGUAACCAACAACAGAAACAAGAGUUUAAGAAAAUGGCUGAAAUGGGAACAGUAUUUUAUGUCAGUUUUUUGUUUUCUGAAUGUACCCGUUUGACGAGUGUUGGCGGUGAGAAGUAUUUGGCUGCGACUAUUGCCACUCUGUGUGAUGCUGUGGAAUCUGAAUACAGCAUGCUGGUUACCAGACUCUUCAGAGUGUUUAAGCCACCAUUUGAAAAAUACAAGAAGCACAUGUUUAAGACUCUCUGCUGCAUUCCAUACUUCAUUUUUGUCAUUCUCUUUCUGCUCGUCCUGGCUGUGGGUAUCGCUAUAGUCUGUGUGUACGGCAUAUCUGGAAACACUGCCGUCAAUGCUGUGCUCAUCACCUUCGCCUCAAUAAUCGGCCUGACACUGAUCAGCAACAUGUUCCUGCUGGUGCAGGCCCUGGCCGCGAUCAUCGUGUCCCAGAAGGCGCGCGUCCUCAGGUUUUCCAACAAAAUUGCAGUGCUCAAGAUGGACGGCUUCAUGGAAAAGCUGAAGGAGGAGGUCGACCUCAUGAGUCAGAUGGUCAACUGCAUGGACUUCUUCACCAACAAGCAGACGCGACUUGUCAUCAUCGUCGAUGGCCUCGACAGCUGCGAGCAAGAUAAAGUUCUACAGGUACUAGACACUGUGAAUGCAUUGUUUGCCGAGGAUAAUUCCCCAUUCAUUACCGUUCUUGCUGUGGAUCCGCACAUCAUCAUAAAGGGCAUUGAACAAAAUCUGAUGUCUUCUGUGCACGACUCCAACAUCAACGGGUACGACUACCUCCGCAACGUGGUGCAACUGCCAUUCUAUCUGCAGGCUCAGAACUUGAGGAUACAGAGGAUGGAAAGUGUGGAGAGACAGCGCACAGAGUCCACAAGCUCCACUGUCAAGAAAUCAUACCAGCAUCAAGACUCUACAAUGUCAGCAGGUAGUGCUGAGAACAAGUACAUUAAGAGACUCGCGCGAUCCAGUCGACACGGCAGCAUUUCCAGUAUUCAACCGUUUGUGAGUGCGUCAUCAUUCGACCUGUCUCACACAGUCAUCCGAAAUGACUACUUCAGCGAUAUCAAUCCACGGAGUAUGAAACGACUUAUGAAUAUUGUCGCUGUCACAGCCCGACUAUUGCGAGCCUACAAUAUUGAGUUUGUCUGGCACCGACUGAUGGCUUGGAUCAACAUCAUUGAACAGUGGCCGUACCGGGUGUCGUGGAUUAUCUACUACUACGAGGAGAAUGAUGACCAAGACAAUACAGUCUCACUCUAUGACCUGUAUCAGCAAGUAAUACCUCGAAUUCCUGUAUCCAGGGAUGUAAAUCGGUUGGUUGAUAUUGAUCGAGAUGUUCGUAAACUGGAUGCUUUCCUAGCUAGCAAAUCGGGAAACACGCCAUUACUAAACGUUGGCGAUCUGAAAAAGUUUCUUCCAGUUACAAUUAACCUGGAUCCAUUCUUAAGAAAACUGAUCAGAGAAAUGGAGCGUUCUGCUGAAGCUCAUCUGGAAAAGCAAAUUGGUUUUUAUGCCCCGGUUACGCGGAACACAUCUACAGGCACCAUGGCACAGGGCACUAAAAACAGUUACGAUGUGUUCCCAAACCAACAAGUCAUUGGUCCAAGAUAUCCAAUGUUCAAUCCGUAUGCAAAUCAGAUGAUGCCUUAUGGACCAAUGGGGAUGAUGCCUUAUUCUUAUCCAGCGGUGCAAAGAGCUCCGCCAUCACACUUUAUUCAUGAUUACAUGGAGACCAUCAUGCUAAGUUCACUAUCUGUAGAUUCUGUAUGUAAUCUGUUGAAGAAAGUGGAAGGCAUCCACAAGCAAGCAGUGCCCAAGUAUGCCCAUAGCAUCAAGAGUAACAACAUCACCGGCUUGGUGCUGGCCAACUGUGAUAUCGAAGAGCUCGGCAAGGUAAUGGACAUGACGUUUGGCGACUGGCAGCUCAUGAAGGCGACCAUCUUGUCUCUGCGACAGGCCGAGGGGAUGAUGGAAUUGGACCAGUCCAACUGUCUUCGCCAGUCUCGGGGUGCUGGUCGGGACAGCAGCAGGAAGCCACUUGGUUGUGACAGACCAGGGACUUCAAGUCGGAUUGAAAAACAAGAGGAUGGGCCAGGUGUUUCUGGAUCGGGAUCAGACUGCGGAGGGAAAGCUGCUUCGACUAGUCUCACAGAAGUGAACAAGCCAGAUGUACGAAAAGCCCACUUCAAACACAAUGACAGCAUUGUGGAGCAGCUGACGUAUGAGUCGCAAAUUCUUAAGGAAGUUUUGGAAGAUUUCACAGAACAAUCUGAGGAGGAGGAAGGUGAUGAGAAUGGUCAGAAGAACAGUACUUCUGAAGUUAGGUUUAAUCUUGGUUCCAGUUCGGACACAGAAGUCCAGGAAAAGGAGAGAGAUCAUCAAGAUGUAAAUCAGCAUCAUGCCGAUGAUGAUGAUGAUGAUGAUGGUAAUGUUAAUGACAAUCAUCCACAAGGGUUGAUGAAGAACAUCGCGUCCAGCUUGGAGAAAGUUGGAAAGCAGUUCUUUCGUGUGUUAGAAAAUCCAAUGAAUUCCACGUCAGAUAUGUUGCCACUGGUGCAGAUGGACCGUGGAGAAGUCGCUCCAUCGGUGCCAGAGAGACAGAGUGAAGAAUCAUGUCUUGUACAACAGGCCAGUGGCUUAGAAAUGGAAAAUGAUGGACGUCGAUCGUCUUCACACUGUGGUGACAAUGCAGUGUUGGUGAUGGAAAACGAGAGACGUCCCAGUAUCUCACGCAUGACAACUAUUCAUGCAGAAGGAUCGAGCAACUCCAAGACAUUCGACGCAAGUCUACAGCAGUUUUUUAAAGAUGGCCCGUCACAAGAAAUGAAAGGGGGUGACGUCUCGCCAUCAAAAGAGGUCCAUGUGAUUUGUCGAGAUCAAAGUUUGAUUCCUGCAUCGACAAGUGUUUCUAGUUCUGAAGACAAAGAAUCAUUUGUCUGAACUUUAUUAUUCAGGUAUUGCAUUUGAAGAUUUGAUUGUAGGAUUCUGUCGGAAUCAUAAACAUGAACAUGACUUCAUAUUGAUAUUUUGGGAUUCCAUCUCAUAAUCUUAUGCUUCAGGCCCAAAAUCUGAGAUUUGCAGAAGCACCAAAAUCCUGCUACAUCUACAGCCUGUUAUUGUGGUCAGUAACUGUGAGUAAUCAUCAGCAGAAAGUAACUUGAUGAAGCCAGUAUUUUUAUUCAUAUGGACAUCCAAAAUUAACCUGUCCACAAAAUCUAAUUUGUAUUUGACACUGAAACUGUUACAGAGGUGCUACCUGCAAUAGCAUUAGUAAUAAUAAUAAAAGUAUUGGUGUUAUGAUAAUAGGUGCCUCACGUUUUUAAACGAAGGUAAUUCUUUGUACUGUCCAUACUGCUGUAAUAUUGUUUUGUUAAAGAUCUCUAGAAUGUGACGGGCUCAUGUUUUUAGGGAACUCGGCUGUUCCACAAUUAUUGUUUAAAUAUUUUUAACACUAGGUGUAAAAAAAAAAAAAAAAACACUUUUCCUUUUUUAACAGGAUAUAUGUAAUGUAUCACAUGUUUUGGUGGGUGGGGGUUUUGUUUUGUUUUUUGCUAUGCUUGUUUUAUGAUACAAACUGUCAAUUCUAUUAUUUAAUCAAACAAAGAGUUAAAAAUCCAACACUUAAGUUCUGGUUUAACCGUGAUUAACGAUUCAAUUUUGAUUUGUAAAAGAAUAAACUAAACUUUGGAGUUCCCAUUAAUGCUUCCAGGAAUUUAUCCAAGAGUUUUCGCCAGAGUCCCAUGACUGAUGAGAUUGGGAAAAUUAGUGUGAUUUUAUCAUAAUUGGGAUAUUUUUGGGGGCCACUGAAUGAUGUACACUUUUCAGUGCCACUUUCUUUUGGGAAGAGGUCUGUGUUCGGACCCAUAGAAUGCCUGGAUAAAUCCCUGGCUUUAAUUUUGAUCUUUGUUCAAAAUCGGUUUGGACUGAAUGAUUUUGCACAUAACAUCAUUUCUGACAUGAUCAAAAGUUUAUUCUACAAACUACAAACUAUUAACAACCUUACUUUGUAUAAUAUGAGGCGAGUUACUUCAUUUUAAAACAUCAGAUAAACACAUCUGAUGCACUACUAACAAUAAAUGUUUGAGAAAUCGAACUUAGAAAUUUUGCAGUCGAGUCUGUUUGACACACUAAGUGUAACAAUACUCCAAAGUUGUAUUGUUUCUGGCCUGACUAGACAAUGAAGAGCCAUUCCAUCGUAAUACUUCAGUCCUAGCUUAAUUAAUAAACAGUUGUUUGGUCUGCUAUAUUAUUGUUAAAAAGGUGCGGUUUAUACACAGAACGGUUAAUGUAAAAUUCAUAAAUAAAGCACAUCGUUUUAUAAACUGCACCUUGCUAUUCACAGUAAAAAAGUAGCUGCUUAUAGGCUGAAAAAUAUGGUAAGCCUUUUGCAUUUGAAAUCAGACUUUUAAAGUUUUCUUAAAGUGUAGUAUUAGUUUCAGCUAGUAGAUUAGAUGCAAAAAAUUUGGUCUUUUAAACGGAGUAAAAUUUGCUGGAUAUGAAGCAUUUUCUUUUUAGAAUUUAUUUUAGAUUCAAAACAAAUCUUGAAUCUUUUAUGAUUCUAGGUUGAAAGUGUUGUAUAAAUGUUCACGGGCCUAGUUGAAUCUAUGCUUGUCUCGGUCCUGAUUUUUUAUAUGAUCAUACUUUUCAACUGUAACUAUUUGUAGUUGUAACUCCAAUCUUGUCAUCAGUGAUUUCACUUGAUAUUACUGUUUACCAAUUUUAGUAGUAUAUGUAUAUGCUUUUGUUAUUGUAGUCAAGCAGUUUUCACUUAUUUUAUAUGAUAAUACUGUUUAGUUAUUUAACACAAGUGAUAUUGAUUCUGCAGUAAUUGUAUCUGAAUAGAUUUGCAUAUCAUAGUUGGAAUGUAUUAUUACAGGAGCUUUUGGUUUUUAGUUACCUAUUGUAGCAAUAAUUAAUAGUGUGUGAAUUGCAGUAAGACAAGAAUAGUAUAUGUUUUGGAAAAUGAAAGUUAAUAUUUAUACAAAUGUUUUUGUAUUUGUCAGUUGUAACACUUUCUAUUUCCAUUUUUGUUACUGUAAUUAUUUAUCUCCUGGGUGGUAUUUUAAAAUCAGACCAUUUCACAAAACAUAGUAGGCCUACCUAUAGUCCUUCCCACAGGGAACGCCAUUUUUCAUCCUAUGGAAUUUACUACAAGUGAUUUAUUUCAAAGCUGAUUGUUUUCUAAAUUGCACACAAAUA